AUGUUUUCCUCAUCCGAGUGCAUUAUCUGGUUUGCUGCAUACCUUGUCGUGGCUGUUGCUAUAGUAACAGUGAAUCUCCUAUCAAUCAUUCUUUUUAUAACAAACAGUAAUCUUCGCACUCGUGGCAUGUAUUUGGUUAUAAACUUGACCGUAGUUGACAUUUUGGUUGGAGGACUUUCAACUUUUUAUCUACUCUUAAUUAAUACACACAAAGCAUGCAAAACUGUUAUUGUAAGGUUACCUCGGGAAGGGAAUAUUUCAGUGUACUUUGUUUCCCUUUGGUUUACUCUUACUUCUCUUACAAACAUAACUGUAAUUUCGUUAGAGCGGAUGCAUGCGACAUUUCGUCCAUUCAGUCAUCGCGUUAUCAAAAAAUGGGUCCACCGGGUAACAAUUUGUGUGGUCUGGGUUUUAGCUGGGAUGAUGUCAGCUGCCACUAUCAUGCUUUUUUUUUUCGGCAAAACGUGGUCACAUCAUCAGUAUUUACGGGAAUCAUAUUGCGUGUUAUGUCUUUUUGUUACCUGUGCUUGUUACGCCUCGAUUAUUGUCAAAAUUUGUUGUGGGGCGCGUCCUCAGCACCAUGGUGCAGCUCGUAGGCAAAGAAAACUGACUGUAACGUUACUCAUCAUGACUAUUGUAUCAGUACUCUUGUGGCUACCAUAUACUGUAGCUACCUUUGUUUAUCAUACAACUGAUAGCAUUCGAUCACUUUCUGACACAAAAAUAAAGCGAUUGAAUAUGUCUUUACUGCUUUUAUUUUAUACAAACUCGUUUGUUAAUCCCUUAGUUUACACAAUAAGAAUGCCCGAGUACAGGAAAGCUCUCCUGUUAUUAUUUACACGUCGACAAAGGCAA